UGUGGGUGCCACCCAUAGUCUUUUUUCACUCCAGCUCAUUGCAAAGAAACAAGAGUGCAUACCCCAGCUUAGCUCCAGGAGUCCAAAGUUAGUGAUAAUGCCAUCAAUCCCCACCAGUACACCAGGACCAUGAAGUCUGUGAUGCAUCUUAUUCUUUGCUAAGGGCUCUUCAUAGAGUGGAAGUUGGAAAGAUGGCGUAAAGUGAGAUAGAAAAUCCAUGACAUACCUUGGUGAAUAUACUGAAGCAUUCAAGAUGGGUAGCAACAGUACCAGCAACACCGAGACUAACUGCAAUGUCACUAACACGAAAUUCCAGUACCCUCUCUAUGCAACUACCUAUAUUGUCAUAUUCAUCCCUGGUCUUCUGGCCAACAGUGCAGCCUUAUGGGUUCUGUGCCGCUUCAUUGGAAAGAAAAACAAAGCCAUCAUUUUCAUGAUCAACCUCUCUGUGGCUGACCUUGCUCACGUGCUGUCCUUACCCCUCCGUAUUUACUAUUAUAUCAACCAUCACUGGCCUUUCCAGAGGGCCGUUUGUCUACUGUGCUUUUACCUGAAGUAUCUCAACAUGUAUGCCAGCAUUUGCUUCCUGACAUGCAUCAGCCUUCAGAGGUGUUUCUUUCUCCUCAAGCCGUUCAGAGCCAGAAACUGGAAGCGUAGGUAUGAUGUAAGCAUCAGUGCUAUCAUCUGGGUCAUUGUGGGGACUGCCUGUUUGCCAUUUCCCAUCCUCAGAAGCACGAAUUUAGGCAACAAUACUGACUCCUGCUUUGCUGAUCUUGGCUACAAGCAAAUGAAUGCCGUGGUUUUGGUGACAAUGAUUACAAUUGCUGAACUUGCCGGAUUUGUGAUUCCAGUAAUUAUCAUUGCAUGUUGUACCUGGAAAACUAUUACAUCUUUAAGAGAACCACCAAAGGCUUUUCAAGGGGACAGUGAGAAGCAAAAAGCACUUCGGAUGGUUUUCAUGUGUGCGGCAGUCUUCUUUAUCUGUUUCACUCCCUAUCAUAUUAACUUUAUUUUUUAUACCAUGGUAAAAGAAACCAUCAUUAGCACUUGUUCCAUUGUCAGAAGUGCACUGUAUUUCCAUCCUUUUUGUCUUUGCCUUGCAAGUCUUUGCUGCCUUUUUGAUCCAAUUCUCUAUUACUUCAUGGCUUCAGAGUUUCGUGACCAACUAUCUCUCCAUGGUAGCUCUGUGAUCCGUUCUCGUCUCAUGAGCAGGGAGAGUGGCUCAUCAAUGGCUAGCUAAAAAUAAAAUCUUUUUAAUUAUGA